AUGACCGCGAAUUUGUUAGCUGCACGUCGGAAACCAUCCGCAUUCAAACUGGCCGGGAAAGGUGUGGCCCAGCUGAAGUCCUCCUCGUCGAACGAGGCGAAGAGUGACACCUAUUCGAAGCACAACUUCGAACCGGACGACGAGGAGGUGUCGAUGAUAUUCGGGUUCGAGGAAAACGAUGCCCGCCAGAAGCUGCACAGCUUUCCGAAAUGCUCGCGCUUGGUAAUCAGCCCCGAUCUGCAGGCCGAGCUGGGGAUGGAGAUCGGUACCGCCGUCAGCGUGGAGCACCCGUGGAAGGAGAUCAAGAAGGAGAUGCUGGAGGACCAGCUGCCGGGGAAGACGAAAGUGCAGCGCCAGCUGAAGGACAAGCUCAAGGACAUGGAACCGGGCCGGAUGAUACUGGUGGGCUACCUGCCCGACCAGAGCACCGAGGAGGAGGACCUGUUCGCCGUCUUCACCGACCACAAGGAGACGCGCGAGGCCCGCGAGCUAAUCCGCCGGCUGGAGCUGGUGGAGCGGCUCUCGGCGGCGGCCGCAAUGCGCAAGAAGGCCCGCCGCUGGCAGACGCGCGGCAGCGAGCAGGACGUGGAAAACUUCAUCCCGCUCAAGCGCACGAACGUGGUGAACGUGGAGUCGCAGAGCAUCUUUCCGGCGCAGCGCGCCAGCUCGUACCGGUUUCAGCUGCGCCUGGUGGCGGACGCCCGCGACGGCUACGUGGAGCUGGUCCCGAAGACCGCCUUCCACAACAUUGUGCGCAAAUCGAUCGACUUCGGGGUGCAGCUGCGGCCGGAGAAGGUGCACAAGUUCCAGCAGACCGAUCCCACCUUUCCGACCAACGCCUGGUCGCAGUAUCUGUACGAGAUCGGGAGCGAACCGCAGCUGGCGUCGGUGGGCACCGGCGCACCGGCGAGCGCUCCCGCCACCAGCCCACCGGCCGCCGUGUGCCCCAGCAGCCACGUCGAGCAGCUGCUGCAGACGCUGGAGUUUAACCAGAUCGACAUGUACCGGAACGACUAUCCCAUCAUCUCGCGCCACCGGUCCAUCGCCAAGUACGAGACGCCCGCGGUCGAGGAAACGAUGUGCUUCAUGGACCGGUCGACCUGCGCCAACCGGCACGUGUCUGCGAUCGAGUGGCAUCCGCAGCUGGCGGGCACGUUCGUCGCCGCCUACGUCCAUCACAUCCCGAGCGUGCAGAUGGCGGUGCCGGGAGCGGCCAGUUCGCCCGAGCUGGAGGGAGUCGUUGGCAAGCGCACCGUACCGACGGGUGCGACGGUCGGACCGGCGGGCCGCGAGGACGCCGUCAACCGGCUCGUCUUCGAGAAGUGUCCCGUGCUGGGGUGGAGCUUCGAGGAAUCGCUCGUGCCGCGGCUGUGGUUCGAUUCGCCCCGCGAAGUGACGGCACUGUCCUUCUGUCCUUACGACGGCCGCCUGCUGGUGGGCGGCCUGUCCAGCGGCCAGCUCGCGAUCUGGGAGCUGACGGACGCCCAGCUGGAACACAUCGGGCCGCGAACGAGCGGCCGCGAGCCCGCGAGACACCACGGACAGCAUCCAACGCCGGAGCAGUACCGCAGCGAGAUCAAGUCGCUGCUCGGCAACGCCAACAGCACCAGCCGCCUGCUGGCCCGUGGCCCAGCGGCCAGCCCUAGCGGCCCGGCCGGCAUCGUGCACGGCGCGGAAGCGCCGGAAACGCCGUGGCACGUGCGCCCGGCCGUCAUCAGUGCCCUCGAGCGGUCGGCACGCAAACCGAUCACCGUGAUCCGCUGGCUGCCACAGAACUACCACUGCGCCCCGACCGGGCAGCUGCGCGCCAACGGUGCCGAGGACGGUGCGGGGCGAUUCCUGCUGACGGGCGCCCUGGACGGUACCGUGUCGCUCUGGAAUCUGGACCUGCCCGUCCCGGCGGCACUCACCGCCCCCGCCGCCGCCACCAUCGCCGGUGAGCCUACGACGCGUGGGCUGGCCCGGCUCAACCACGUGUUCCACCCGACCUAUCGGGUGCGGUGCGAGCUGCCGCUCGUGGCGCUGGCGCUCGACGAACAGCCGAUAUCGCUCCGGGCGGGCGGCGGGGUCGGCGGCUUCCAGCUGCCACCGGUCAUCUGCCACCAGGCGUUCAUUGCCGGCACCCUGCUCGGUGGGCUGUUCUGGGGCAAGUGGGACGGGUACGAGUUCGAUCAGGGUGCGAUCGUGAACGAGGAGCCGGUGCGCGACCAGGACACCUUCGCCGCGGUACACGACGGGCCGCUGGUGGCAAUCGUGCGCAACCCGUUCGUGCCGGACGUGCUGCUGACCGCGGGCGGCACCGUGCUCGCCCUCUGGACGGCCGAUUGCCGCCAGUCGCCCAUCUUCUGGCGCCCGAAACCGGCACCCGUGACUACCUGCGUCUGGAGUCUCGACCGGCCGUCCGUGUUCUAUGUCGGGCUGGCGAACGGUGAUCUGGAGAUUUGGGAUCUACAAAUACACACGUCCACCGCCUGCGUCACACUCAACCUCGGCGCGAACGUGCUGUCGAUCGUAACGCAGCAACAGCAUCGCCGCAUCCCCCAGCGCCACCUGGCGGUGGCCGACGGCAGCUGCAACGUGCGGCUGCUCAGCAUCCCGGCCGCCUUCGCCGAACCGCGGCCGGGCGAGCGGAAGCGCUUUCGGCAGCUGAUACGGGCGGAGCUGGCCCGGAAGCACGACCAGGACGCGUGGGUCCAGCGGUACUACGAGCAGAACCGGGAGCAGAUCGAGGCGAAGCUGCAGGCCGAACGGGAGGCCCGCGAGCUUGCCGAGCGGCUCGAGGUGGAGAAGCAGGAGCACGACGACUUCCUGCGCCGGCAGGCCAUCGAGGAGGCGAAGAAGAAGGCGAUACGGGACGCGGAAAAGCGGGUGGACCUAAGCCGCCGGCUGGAGGGCCGCUGGCGGUCGCGCUACUACCGGGCCCUCAUCCGCACCAUGAUGGCCCGGCGGCACCUCAGCCCGGAGCUGCUCGCCAAGCAGAUGCACCCGGAGCGGGAGCGCCGCCGGUACGACGUGCGCAAGCGGGCAACGAUCGGCGAGAGUGUGGCCGCUGCCCCGGAAGACUAUCGGCGCGUGCAGCAGUCGCUCGAGGGGGGCGAUAAAACGCAACCGCCGGGAGCGGCACUGACGCCGGCCGAGGAGGGUGCCCGGUUGCGGGAAACGGUCCGGGCUCGGUUUCGCGAGGAGCUAAGCGACUACCCGCGCGUCAGCUGGGAGGCGCAGGAGGUGCUGCGCAACUUCCGGCUGCCGGCUGAGCUGGACAGUGUGGUGAGCAUCGUGGCGAAGGGACGGGCACGCCGCGAGCUGGUGCUGUCGGACGACCGCGGCAACCUGGAGCAUCUGGCGGCGUACCUGGCGAAGCAGACGGCCCGCGGCUCGGCAGCCGGCUGCGGAGACGGGCCGGCCAACGGGGACGAGACGACGAGCACCGUUACGAAUGGCAGCCCGGAGGGCCGUCGGACAGUCGGGUUGCAGCGCGCCCGCUCGGUCACGUUUAUGGACGACGUGCCCAAGCCCAGCCCGGACUUGCCGGGCUAGGCACAAGGGCGCUGGUGUGCAACGGGACUCGAACCGGCCAGAGUCCCGUUAGGAGAGAUUGCUUUUCGGAGAGGGGAGGCGCCCGUAACAUGACAAACCGAAAGGCAGCCGAAGUUCGAGCUAUUGUUCUGGAUUUUCGGUCUAGCGGUACUUGUCGCGCCAUACCAGGUGACGUCAGCGACCAACCUCGGAUACAAUGUUGAGCAGAAGUUGCAGUCUAAAGGUUUCACGGACCAGGAGGUGAUGCAGAGAUGCCGAGGAGCUGAUGGAAUUCCAACGCCGGACGGACUGGGAAAUACAUUCUAGCCAAUUUCUAGUUAAAGCAAAACGA